AAAGAAAUAAUUGCGCGAGUUAAAGCGGAUGAAAAUAAGAGUAUUAAUGAAAGUAGUGAUGAUGAUGUAUAAAUAAAUGACGAUUCAUAAUAUAAUUAUUAUUUGAUGAGUGGUAAUGACGGUGAUGUCACCCCCAUUGGAGGAGGAAACUCUGUCGCUCGUCGGCGACAGAAAAUCCAGUGGUUUAUUACAGGAAAAAGGGAUUAUCAACAAUCGUGGAGGUGGUGGUGGCAGAUUUGGAAUCAGAAGUCAUACAAGAAUGUAUACUGAGGAAAGUAAUCAUCAAAUGCCCAGCGAAAUGUCAUCAACCAAUUCUAAUACCACCGCCAACGCAAACAACAUGACAACUACUAUGGCAGCUACAAUAACUACUGCAGCUACAACAUCUUCUAUUGAAACUGCUGACAAUGUUAGCAAAGCUACUGGAGAUGGUGAAAAAAAUGUUGGAGGUGUUGUUACAUUCGCUGAUUCUGCUGAGUAUGAUUUAAUUGAUUCAAUAAAUAUCGAUGAUGAUUUACUUGGACAGUUUCAUGAAGAUGCUAUUAAACAGGCUGGUGUUGGUUAUUUCCAAAUAUUCGCAGCACUGUGUACUGGUCUCAGUCUUGCAGCAGAUACUGUUGAAUUUUUCGUAGUACCUUACAUAUUGCCAAGCGCAGAAGUUGAAUUGUGUAUCAAAGACAAUGAAAAAGGAUGGUUGGCUAAGAUAACAUUAAUUGGCCUUGCACUUGGUGGAAUCGGAUGGGGUGGAUUAGGUGAUCGUAUUGGACGUCGUAGAGCAUUACUGUCAGCAAUGUCAGUUCAUAUCAUUUUUAGUGGAGUAGCAACUUUUAUGCCUACUUAUGGAACUUUUAUGACUGCACGAUUAUUUUCGGCAAUGGGUGUUAGCGGUGCUAUCCCACUGGCGUUUGUCUACAUAGCUGAAUGCUGUCCGCACAUCAGUCGAUCAAAAUGGGUCGGUGUUUUAAUAAGUGCCGGUGCACUUGGUGGUGUUUAUGCGGCACUAUUGGCUUGGAUUGUAGUCCCAACAACGGGCGAAAUGGUUGUAUUAGAAAAUAAAGAACACUUUAGUGCUUGGCAUCGAUUUCUACUGAUGUGUUGGGUCCCGGCUGUUUGUGCAACUAUCAGUUUAAUAUUUAUACCAGAGAGUCCACGUUAUUUGAUUGAAGCUGGUCAUGAUGUUGAAGCAAUGAUGGUCUAUCAAAGAAUAUACAAAAGUAAUACACGUAAAAAUAUAACUGGGAGCGGCGCUAUCACAGCAACAACGCAGUAUCAAUUGUCUGAAUUAGAAUUACCAACUAAAAGACCGAGGAGACGUGGACAGUGCAGUGGAAAUUGUUCUCCACCUUCACCCUCAUUAUCAAGCAGUGUCAAUAGUAGUAGUAAUAAUAAUAACAAUAAUAAUAAUCAUAAUCACCACCAUCAUCAUCAAUGCAGCAAUAGUACAAGUGGUGUACUUGCUGAUAUUACUUACUCAAUUGAAGUAUUUUGCAAUUCUUUUAUUCAAUUAUUUUCGGCAUCAUUUUUACGCAUAACAAUAACUCUUUUGGUAAUAUGGUCUGCUGUUGGGUUUGGAUUAUACGGAUUACUUCUUUGGUGUCCGGAAUAUUUAAAAGUUUUACGUUCUAUGGAAUAUGAACAAGAGACAAUACGUUUGAUAAACAAAGAAUAUAUUAAUCAAACAUUUACAUCAUCGUUAGAAAAUCGUUGGUAUAAAAAUUCAAAAUUUAUAAAUUGUAAAUUUAAUAAAAUGGUAUUUAGUCAUGUUGAUUUUGUUAAUUGUACAUUUAAAUCUGUUGACUUUAUCAGCAUAAAAUCAAGCAAAACACAUUUUGCUGAUAGCAUUAUUGUUAAUUCAAAAUUUCUUGAUACUGAUUUAUCAGCUAAAAUCUUUAUACGGUGUGUUUUGGAAAAUAAUACUAAAUUGAGUGUAAUAAGCCCAUGCCCAACAUUAGAUCUUGACUAUAAUAUUUAUAUUGAAGAGGCAUUGCAUGGGCAUUUGGUCGCUCAAAUUGUUAUUGUUGUCGCUGCGGCAUUUACUGGAUACUUUAUUCUUACAACAACAUUUCAACGUACUAAAAUAAUUGGUCUAUCAUUACUUGUAAUUAUUAUUGUCGGAGUAUGCAGUUUAAUUCUUGUUAUAAGUAAAAAUAAUGCAUUAGCGGUGCUAGGAUUUGAAGGUGGCUUAAUAACUAUUUUUGCAAUGAUUUGGACGAUAUUUACAUUUAUAACAAUUGAAUUAUUUCCUACCCAUUUGCGUUGUACUGCCUUUGGGCUAAUGGCAGCAGCAUUCAGAAUUUUUGGAUUAUUUGGCACUGCUAUUUAUCAAACUAUUGUCAGUGCUCAUCUAAUUAUACCACCUUUACUUACAGCAUUUACACUUGCUAUUGUAAGUAUCGCAACAUUUUAUCUACCAAAUACAAAUAAUGUCUUUUUAUAGGGUUAAUUAAGUUAAUUAUUUGAAAAGCACAGUAGUAUAAAAAAAAAUAUUGUACGCACAUGAUGCGAAUAAUCUAGUAUAGUCAAAAAUUUUAGAUUAACCAAAGAGCGAAGACUAUUGUAAAAUGUUAAAUGUAAAAAAUGAAUGUGUUUUAAAGUCCCCCAGACUCUUCCCCAAAGAGUGCUAUUAUUAUUACCCGCCGGUAGGGAAUGGUGCCCUUCUUCGACUUCCUAACAGAACUGCGAAUUGUGAUAAUUUCGAAUUUCUAUAUAUUCAAAACAUUCACAUGUACUUGCAAGAAGAUACAAAUUUUUUUUUAUUUUAUUUUUCAUUAAAAAUGAACAAAAAAAAGGCACCAAUUAUUAAUUGCUCUCACAAAUUAUUAUAUUUUAUAAAAAAAAAAUUUUUUUAACAUAAAUGAUUUAUAAAAAAAAAAAGCUAAAUUAAGUAUUAAGUGUCGUACGUAUCUCCGUAUAACUGCAACAUAAAUAUAGAAUUUAAAAAAUUCCUUGAAUUUACAGUAAAGUGUAUAUAAAAAUGUGAAUUAAAAUAAAAUAAGAUAAAUUGAUAGUCUGAUAGUUUGACGCAAAUAAAAUUCAUUAAUAAUUGUAUAAUUAAUCAGCGUUGGGUAUUAACUAAUUUUAAACUAUUAUCUGUUAAUAUCACAAUUGCAGAUUUAAUUAUAAAAAUUUUUAUCGAGGGGUUAUUCUGGUUCCAGCGCUUGAAAAAAAAAGCCAAUAUCCAUAAUUUUUUUACACAGAAACUAUUACAGAUAUUAAUAUAAAAUUUAUUUAGCUCAACAAAUGCACUCUUGAAUAACACAAAAAAUAUCUAAAUUUAUUUUUUUUUAUAUUUUUUAUAUGAA